GAUUUUGGGGAAGGGAUAUAAAUUUAGUUGUGCGCCAUGUUGUAGGAAGUGUUGUUUUACUGUCAAAUGAUUGAAAAUUUGCAAUUUUAAUAUUAAAAAUGGAUGAAACGAAAGUGAUUUAUCAUAUAGAUGACGAAGAAACACCAUAUUUAGUGAAAAUACCAAUAUCACCAGAGAAAGUGACCUUAGCAGAUUUCAAAAAUGUGUUGAAUAGGCCGAACUACAAAUUUUUCUUCAAGUCAAUGGACGAUGAUUUUGGGGUUGUGAAGGAAGAAAUUGUUGAUGAUACCGCACAUUUACCAUGUUUCAAUGGUAGAGUUGUUAGUUGGUUGGUUUCGGCUGAAGGUUCAAAUCAAUCAGAUGGGGGAUCACAAUGUACUGAUAGUAUCACACAUCAGUCACCUGAACAAAGACUGCCUCAACCCGCACCUGACUGCACAGAUACAGAAAGUAUAAUAAGCUCAAGACAGGGUAGAAGACAUCACAAAUAUUCGUCCAGAAUCAAUGGACAUCUUCCUAGAGUAUACGAGACUGCCUCUAUUGUAAGUUCUGAUUUAGAAACCACUAGUUUUCAAUCUGAAACGACUGGUAGGCACACAGCCCUAUCAGAAUGUUCAAGUGUGAGUCGUUUACAUGUCGCUGGACGAAAAAGACCUCAAAGAAGAAGAAAGCAGAGAUUACAGGCUAUGUCAAGGACAAGUUCCUAUUCAAGCAUAACAGAUUCGACAAUGUCUCUCAACAUAAUUACUGUAACAUUGAAUAUGGACACUGUAAAUUUCUUGGGUAUAUCUAUAGUGGGACAAAGUAAUAAAGGGGGUGAUGGUGGUAUAUAUGUGGGAUCUAUAAUGAAAGGAGGUGCUGUAGCUUUAGACGGUAGGAUAGAACCUGGUGAUAUGAUAUUGCAAGUGAACGAUGUAAAUUUUGAAAACAUGUCGAAUGAUGAAGCUGUUAGAGUGUUAAGGGAGGUAGUGCAGAAACCAGGGCCCAUAAAAUUAGUAGUAGCAAAGUGUUGGGAUCCCAACCCUAAAGGGUACUUCACCAUUCCCAGGACAGAACCAGUCAGACCCAUAGAUCCUGGUGCGUGGGUUGCUCAUACCGCAGCUGUUCGAGGCGAUCCAGUUGUACGGCCCCCAAGUAGUUCAACAGUUUCAAGUGCAUCAAUCACAAGUACAAUACCAGCGAAUGAACGUGAGUGUCUUCUUGGUCCUGAUUUAGAAGAACCACUAUACAUACACUCUCCAAUGGCUCAAGUGGUACAAGCCAUGCAACGUCCAGACAGUGGUUUAGAAAUACGCGAUCGAAUGUGGCUCAAGAUAACUAUUCCGAACGCCUUCAUCGGAACUGACAUGAUCGAUUGGCUGUUGACGCAUAUCGAGGGUUUCCAUGAGAGGCGGGACGCUAGAAAGUAUGCCUCGCAUCUGCUGAAAGCUGGCUUCAUCAGGCACACCGUUAAUAAGAUCACAUUUUCGGAACAGUGCUACUAUAUCUUUGGUGAUCUAUGUCAAGCAAUGUCCAACCUUAAAAUACAAGACAACGAUUCGGUGGGACCUCUACCCAAUGUGCCGAACUAUAUGCCAUACAGCGGAACAUAUAAUCCAUUGGAAUAUAUGCCGAUGCCAUUUUAUACUGCUAGUGAAAACACUGUUUACGGCUACAACAGGGAGGAGUCAGUUUUGAGUGGAAGCGGGGGAUCGUCGAACGGUUCCGACCCUCUCAAGGACGCCGCUGCGGGCCACAGCAGCGGCACAGACAGUGAUAUAACCUCGCUUGGGCCCAGGAACAAUCCACCGUUACCCUCCGGAAACGGCAACGGCAGUUCAAACGGUUCCGACCAGAGCAGCGGAACAGCCGUUGCUACCCAAUCGAAGGAUAUAGCUGAGGAAAAUACAAGUGGGACAGAAGAAAAUACUCAAAGUUUUCCUUUCAAUCGGAAUUCUCUUAUUCUUCAAAAAGAACUUGAUGUAACAGGAUACCAAUCUGUAGAUAUAUAUUUGUGUUCAGAGAAAUUUUGAAAGGAAAUUUAAAAAUUCCAGUGCAGAACAGGCAAUAUUUGCAUGUAGCAAGUGGAUAUUUAGUAAUCUAGAGCUCUAGAUUAACUUCAAUAUUGUAUAAUUUGUAUACAUUAUUAUUAUACUCUCAUAGAUUU